AGGAGGAGCUGAGCAGGGUGGUUGGAAGCCGUCAGGUUGGGAUGGAGGACAGGAAGAACUUGCCGUACACUGAUGCUGUGAUCCAUGAGACACAGAGGUUUACAAACAUUGCCCCUCUUGCUGUUCCUCAGUUCCCAAGUAAAGAUAUCACCUUACAAGGCUACUUCAUCCAGAAGGGAACAACAGUUCUUCCUCUUCUCACUUCCGUCCUGCAUGAUGAGAGUGAAUGGGAGAGCCCUUACAGAUUUAACCCGUCUCAUUUCCUGGAUAAUGAGGGGAAAUUCACCAGGAAAGGGGCCUUCAUGCCCUUUGCUGCAGGUCCCAGGGUGUGUCUUGGAGAGGGUCUGGCCAAAAUGGAGCUCUUCCUGUUCUUCGCUUCCCUCUUGCAACAUUUUCGUUUCACUCCCCCACCUGGUGUUUCAGAAGAUGAACUGGAUCUGGAACCAGUUGGUUUUCAGCUGUGAAAAGGUUGGAAUGAAGCUUCAGGUCAAAAAGGACUCAGCAGAAGCUCACAGGUCAUAAGAGCAUGAUGGAAGUUAUUCUUCAAUACCCCACUUCAGUCUUACUGUUUGGGGYCUUUGUUGCUCUGCUGCUCUUCCAUUUUCUUCACUCCAGUUCCCAACRAAAGACAGAACCUCCAGGACCCAGAGCUCUUCCUCUGUUUGGUAACCUGUUCCAGUUGGAUCUGAAGAGACUCGACCAAAGUCUCUUUGAUCUUUCCAAAAUUUAUGGACCAGUUUUUCAAGUCUACCUUGGACCACAAAAGGUAGUGGUUUUGGCAGGUUACAAGACCGUCAAAGAGGCUCUGGUCAACCAGGCUGAUGAGUUUGGAAACAGAGAUAUAUCCCCACUUUUCUAUGAUUUGAACCAGGAAUAUGGUAUUAUAUUUUCAAAUGGGGACAACUGGAAAGAAAUGAGGCGCUUYGCUCUGACAACACUGAAAGAUUUUGGAAUGGGCAAAAAGAUGAGUGAGGAGACCAUUACUGAGGAAUGUCGCCAUUUGAUUCAAGCAUUUGAACAAUUUGAAGGUAAAGCCUUCGACAACACUCAGGCCAUCAACUACGCAACUUCAAAUGUGAUUUCAGCUCUAAUGUUUGGAAGGAGAUUUGAAUACAAAGACCCRACCUUCCAAACAAUGGUGAAAAGAGAUAACGAGAUCAUUCAUCUGAUGGGAACAGCCUCCAUUGUGAUUUACAACUUGRUUCCUUGGUUGGGCCCUUUCCUUAAAAACUGGACGAAAUUGAUGAGCAACAUGGAAGACACUAAGRCAGAUAUCAGGAGGAUAAUAGCAGAUCUAAAGGAAAGUCUGGACCCUGAGAACUGCAAAUGCUUCAUAGAAGCAUUUCUGAUCCGUAAAAAUAACCUGGAGGAUUCAGAAAUGAGGAACUUGCACUACCGAGAUGAAAACCUGCUGUACAGUGUAAUCAAUUUGUUCGCAGCUGGAACUGAUACCACGGCCAACACUCUGAAGUGGUGUCUCCUUUACAUGGCUAAGUUUCCUCAUUUUCAAGAUGGUGUUCAGGAGGAGCUGAGCAGGGUGGUUGGAAGCCGUCAGAUUGGGAUAGAGGACAGGAAGAACCUGCCGUACACUGAUGCGGUUGUUCACGAGGCACAGAGAUACGCAAACGUCGUCCCUAUGGCCCUUCCUCACAAAACGAGCAAAGAUGUCACCUUACAGGGCUACUUCAUCGAGAAGGGAACAACUGUGUUUCCUCUCCUCACAUCUGUCCUGUAUGAUGAGAGUGAAUGGGAGAGUCCUCACAGUUUUAACCCUUCCCAUUUCCUGGAUAAGGAGGGUAAAUUCAUCAGGAGAGAUCCCCUCAUGCCUUUCUCUGCAGGUCGCAGGGUGUGCCUUGGAGAAAGUCUGGCCAGAAUGGAGAUUUUCCUGUUCUUCGCCUCACUCCUUCAGCAUUUUCGUUUCACUCCCCCACCUGGAGUUUCUGAAGAUGAAAUAGAUCUAAAACCAGUUGUGGGCUUGACCCUCGCUCCAAAACCUCAGAAACUGUGUGCUGUUUACCGCCUUUAAAGAGGAGAGCUGGAACUGUCUGGUACAGUCUUGUUUAGCCUAUGUCAUGACACAAAUGUUGCAAUGUCUGAAAAAAACCUUUUUAUCAAUAAAGUUCAAAUGAAUGUGUUGUUGACWGUUGCAUUA